AUGCCGGCCAUGGUGGAGAAGGGCCCCGAGGUCUCAGGGAAGCGGAGAGGGAGAAACAACGCGGCUGCCUCUGCCGCCGCCGCCUCGGCCGCCUCAGCCGCCCCAGCCUCGGCUGCCGCCGCCACCGCCGCCUCGGCCGCCCCCAAUAAUGGCCAGAAUAAAAGUUUGGCGGCGGCGGCGCCCAAUGGCAACAGCAGCAGCAACUCCUGGGAGGAAGGCAGCUCGGGCUCGUCGAGCGAUGAGGAACACGGUGGCGGCGGCAUGAGAGUCGGCCCCCAGUACCAGGCGGCGGUGCCCGACUUCGACCCAGCUAAACUGGCAAGGCGCAGUCAAGAAAGAGAAAAUCUUGGCAUGCUGGUCUGGUCCCCUAACCAGAAUCUCUCGGAGGCAAAACUGGACGAAUACAUUGCCAUUGCUAAAGAGAAGCAUGGGUACAACAUGGAGCAGGCUCUUGGGAUGCUAUUUUGGCAUAAGCAUAACAUUGAAAAAUCAUUGGCUGAUUUGCCCAACUUUACCCCCUUCCCAGAUGAGUGGACUGUGGAAGAUAAAGUCUUGUUUGAGCAAGCCUUUAGUUUUCAUGGGAAAACUUUUCAUAGAAUCCAACAAAUGCUUCCUGAUAAAUCUAUUGCAAGUCUAGUGAAAUUUUACUACUCCUGGAAGAAGACCAGGACUAAAACCAGUGUGAUGGACCGCCAUGCCAGGAAACAAAAACGGGAGCGGGAGGAAAGUGAGGAUGAGCUGGAAGAAGCAAAUGGAAAUAACCCCAUUGACAUUGAGGUUGAUCAAAACAAGGAGAGCAAAAAGGAGGUACCCCCAACUGAAAUAGUUCCUCAGGUCAAAAAGGAAAAACAUAGUACACAAGCUAAAAAUAGAGCAAAAAGGAAACCGCCCAAAGGCAUGUUUCUUUCUCAAGAAGAUGUGGAGGCUGUUUCUGCCAAUGCCACUGCUGCAACCACGGUGCUGAGACAACUCGAUAUGGAGUUGGUUUCAAUCAAACGACAGAUUCAGAAUAUUAAACAGACAAAUAGUGCUCUUAAAGAGAAACUUGAUGGUGGAAUAGAACCAUAUCGACUUCCAGAGGUCAUUCAGAAAUUUAACGCCCGUUGGACCACAGAGGAGCAGCUUCUCGCCGUACAAGCCAUCAGGAAAUAUGGCCGAGAUUUUCAGGCCAUCUCAGAUGUGAUUGGGAACAAGUCAGUGGUGCAAGUGAAAAACUUUUUUGUAAAUUAUCGACGCCGCUUCAACAUAGAUGAAGUUUUACAAGAAUGGGAGGCAGAACAUGGCAAAGAAGAGACCAAUGGGCCCAGUAACCAGAAACCUGUAAAGUCCCCGGAUAAUUCUAUUAAGAUGCCUGAAGAGGAAGACGAGGCUGCUUCUGUUCUCGACGUCAGAUACGCGUCUGCCUCAUGA